GUCGCUUGCGGAACAAAAACAUUUAAUUAUAAUUCUGUGGAGUAAUUGUAAUACGAUAUUCAUUGCCUUUCAGACAUUUUUUAGAGUUUUUGUAUUUUUUUUUCGACACAUUGAUCUCAGCAUGACGGAGUUAAUGUGUUUUUCUUUACUCGUCUAGUAACCAGUCUUGGUCCGCUGCCCUGAAGCCGCCGACCGGGAGACAUGGUGGUAACCGGACUUGUACCGCUACUUGUCACUAAGACAGACCCGUCGGAGAACUCCUCUCCCCACGCAUACAGUGAGGCAACACGGCGUUGGCGAGCCUGCUUUAUCAACAUUUCACGUAAGGAAAUUACUAGUGCCAACGACGACACCGGCCAUCAUAUCCAAGCGCUCGGAAAGUCAUCCGCCAAAGCGUACUCCAGCCUGAGGCGGCGAUUAGAACAAGCAGAGCGCCAGUGGUUAGAAGUGUUUCUCCAGAGUGACGGAUUAGCCUUGCUUCUGGAUUCUCUCCAUCGACUCUGUGAACGAGGUUACAGUGGGUUUUUAGAGGCUUAUACUCAACUGGAGUGUGUUAAGUGUGUGCGUGCCGUCAUGGACUCUCGGAUUGGCCUGGACUAUAUCGUGGAAAACAAGGAAUACACUCAGAAGUUAGCCACAGAGCUCAUCAGGCCGGCACAG